UAACCUGAGAGCAGUACAGACACAAGGGUGGAGCUCAGUGGAAGGUCUGAUUCCUGAAGAAAGUGACAUUUUGAACAGAGAGCCUGGAAGGAUUGGUGAAUUUGGGACAGAAAUUUUAUGAAUAAGCAUCAGAAGCCAGUGCUAACAGGCCAGCGGUUCAAAACUCGGAAAAGGGAUGAAAAAGAGAAAUUCGAACCCACAGUCUUCAGGGAUACACUCGUCCAGGGGCUUAAUGAAGCUGGUGAUGACCUUGAAGCUGUAGCCAAGUUUCUGGACUCCACAGGCUCAAGAUUAGAUUAUCGUCGCUAUGCAGACACACUCUUUGAUAUCCUGGUGGCUGGCAGUAUGCUUGCCCCUGGAGGGACACGCAUAGAUGAUGGUGACAAGACCAAGAUGACCAACCACUGUGUGUUUUCAGCAAAUGAAGAUCAUGAAACCAUCCGAAACUAUGCUCAGGUCUUCAAUAAACUCAUCAGGAGAUAUAAGUAUUUGGAAAAGGCAUUUGAGGACGAAAUGAAAAAGGUAAAAAUGCAAAUAUAAUGCCAUAUCUGUUUA